UUGCUCUUGAGUCGUCUAGUUUAAUGUUUUAAUGUCGCGGAGUUUUAUGUAGGACGAUAAUUUAGAAAAGUGUUUUAAUUUCCUUGGGUUUACAUAUAUAGAGCCUAUAUGCUUGUGUUAUAACAUUUUGAAAUUAAAUGCUAAGGAGGCUACACACCUAUGAAACAACUGAAACGGGCAAUAUGAUUUUUUUUAACGUGUAGACACAUUAAUACAUUGUGUUAUUGUAUAUAGGUACGUGUAUGUGAAAGUUAACAACUUGAAAUUUUUCAUCAACACCUGAACAAAAAAAUUGCAUGAAUACUUUGCAUAUCUACAUAAAUGAAUACAAAUAAACAAAUGGAAAAUUUGAAUAUAAUAUAACCCAUUUAUACCACAAUUCGUUGUCAAACCGUGACCGCCAAAGUAAUCGGAUUUGUGCCGCGGUGUUCAUUUGUUUUUGUUUUUUUUUUUAUUUAAAGUGUAUGUAAUACUAAGUUCUCGCGUUAAGUUUUGUGCCUUUAAACUCCAUGUCCGAAACAGAUUCAACAACCAUUUCAUUACUGACUGGAGCAUCUGUGGAAAGCGUCAGCAGGACACGCGCUCAGCAACGCAUCAGCCUAACAACAAAACGACGAAAAAUGUCACGUCGAGCUAAUCUGAUAGGCAUUUGUGGUGUUAGCAGCCUGUGCAUAUUAUUGCUGAUAGCGACAACCCAACAUCGACCUGCCUCUAUGACCAUAUCUAACGGCAUGUCCGUUGGCGUUGGUGACAUAUCAGGCGUACAGACAGGUUAUGUCGAUCGGCAUCAUGUGGGCACUGCGAGCGUAGCAUAUAAUAUGACUGCUACAAUAGCGGAUGUCCUGGCGGCGCAACGCUCGAAGAUACUCACUGAAAUGGAAAACUUCGAAUAUCCACAAGGACGUUUUGGUGUCGAUGCGGAAAAACUAUCUGAUAUGACACCGGCAACAAAUGGCACACCGGUACGUAGUGUUAUCAUCACAACUUGGCGUUCGGGCUCAACAUUUCUGGGUGACAUCUUGAAUGCCAUGCCGGGCAAUUUUUAUCAUUAUGAACCGCUAUUAUCAUUUGGUAUUAAUCAAGUACGCGACGCCUCCGAGGGCAGCGAAGCGUUGCAUAUGUUGCGGCAUUUGCUUCAUUGUAACUAUACGGAUAUGCAAGAGUAUCUUGAUUACGGCAAAGAACAUUCAUAUCUGUUUGAGCAUAAUGAACGUUUAUGGAGUGUGUGCAAAGAGUUCCCACACUAUUGUUGGCGACCGAAAUUUCUAUCACCCACUUGUAAGCUUUUUCCCAUGCAGAGCAUGAAAGUGGUGCGAUUACGUUUGUCCUUAGCCAAAGAGUUACUUGAUGACAAAAGCUUGAACGUGCGUAUGAUACUGCUGGUGCGCGAUCCACGGGGUACAAUGCAAUCGCGCAAGCAUCGCGACUGGUGUGCCGGCAAUAGCGAUUGCGAGAAUCCGCACUAUGUCUGUCAAGAUCUCGUUGCCGAUUAUCAUGCUGCUGUGGAACUGCUGAAGGAGCAUCCAUCACGAUUCAGAACACUACGUUAUGAGGACCUCUCGCUGAAUACCUACGAUAUGACACAAGAGGUGCUACAAUUCUAUGGACUACCAUUUGAUCCACUAGUUGAAGAAUUUCUCGAUACGCAUACAAAAGUAAAUAUCGGUGGCGUGAGCUCAACUUAUCGUGACUCGAAAUCGGCACCAUUUCAUUGGAAGCAAGAUCUGCGGCCGGAUGAGAUCCAGUAUAUACAAAAGAACUGCGAAGAGGCCAUGCAAUUGUGGGGUUAUCGUAAGAUCGAAAACUUUACCAACUUCCAACAGGCCACAUUCGAUCCAAUCGAAUUGCCGCCACCGUUCUCGUGAAGUGCUGCACACAAAUAUGGUUGAUGGUGAAUGUUGCAAUUAUGCAACAAAACACACAAUUUUACAACAAACCUAAAUCGUUUGUCUCCUAAUCUCUGUUUGUAGCUAUCUCGCUUAUAUAUAUAUAUAUAUAUGUUUUUUAUACCAUUUUGUUGUGAUAUAUCGAAGAAGUUAAACAUUAAAAAAAAAGAAGAAGAAGAAGAAAACGAACAAUGUUACUAUGCUAAAAUGCUAAAAAUAGACGACAGCGGCAUAAGAGAGAGAGAGAGAGAGAGAGCAAGUAUUUGUAAUUAUUAAUGCGUAUCUAGUAUUAAGUAUAAUUAUAUCCAGCUAUAUAUAUAUAUAUAUAUGUAGAUAUUCGUAAGACGAGUUCGUUUAGCGCAAAAGCAAUUAGUAAGUUCGGGUCGUGAAAUAUGUGAAAUAAAUAAGAGCGUUGCUUUUAUUGAGUUUCAAACAAAACAUAGGCUGAAUGAGUGAACUAACGUAUCCCAAGUCCGCCCAGACCCAUUACAACAACAACAGCAACAAUAACACACACACACACAAACUUAUCCAUACGACAUGAAAACGUAUCAACAGUGCAGCACUGUAGUAAUUUAAUUAUGUAGUUUAACAUAAAUAUUACGUUCGCAUACUUAAAUUAAAACUAAACGAAAAAAAAGAUUUUGAACAAAACUCGAAUUAAUUAAUUAGUUAAAAAUUAAAAAAAAGCAAGUAAUAUACUUACAAGCAUAAUACUUAAAAAAACAACACGCGUAGAUAUUUUUACACUGCAUAGUUUUAGGCGUUGUGCAUUUUUUGCAAACAGUUUAAAACACUAGGCAUACAUGCAUACAUACAAACAUAUGUAAUUAUCUAAGUAAUUAGUUAAAUUAUUUUAACAAUUUUACGCAUUCAUUAACGUUUACAUUUAAUCUAGUUGCGACUAAGAAAAAUUAUAAAUUAAUAGUACAUUCAUGCAAGUUAUUUCAAAGCACACAAAACGAACAAAAUAAAUAUAUAAUAUUAAAAUCAAAUAUUAAUUUGGAAAACAAAAACAAAUAAUGCUAUUUGUUAGUAGUUGAAAAAUAUUGCUUUUGAAAAGCGUUCAAAAAUAAUAGCGUGCAUUUUUGUUAGUAGAAUAAAAAAAAAAAAACUAAAAGAGUGAGAAGUAAAAUUAUCAAAAUUAAGCAAAAAAGAAAAAAA